AUGGACCGCCGUGGCUCAUACCCCAUACAGUCAGCACCAGAAGUGUCGCCAAUCUCAGCUAUACCGUCAGAGAAAGCAUCGGCCAAACCAAGCACACCUCAAUUGCCUAGAUACAUUCAUGCCACCAAGGAUGGAACAACAACAAAAGGUCGUGCUCUGAUCAUUUGUUUGGAUGGCACUGGCGACAAAUUCGACGGCGAUAACAGUAACAUUGUACAUCUUGUCAGCUGCCUCAAGAAAGACGAUCCACACCAGAUCACAUACUACCAGUCAGGUAUUGGCACAUACAAUGCCGGAGGACUGAGCAACGGCAUCGCUGCUGCUGUUGACAUGGCAGUUGGCAGUGGCCUUGGUGUCCACGUGAGAGAUGCCUACCGCUUUCUCAUGCAGACAUACCGCGAAGGCGACAACAUCUGCCUCUUCGGUUUCUCUCGAGGUGCAUACACUGCUCGCUGCUUGGCUGGCAUGCUCCACAAAGUCGGGCUGCUUCCUGCACACAAUCGAGCUCAGGUUCCAUUUGCCUACAAAUUCUACAAAGAUGACACUCAGAAGGGAUGGGACAUGAGUGCCGAGUUCAAGCGAACAUUUUGCAUGGAUGUCAAUGUCCAUUUUGUCGGAGUGUUCGAUAGUGUCGCCAGCGUCGGUUUUAUCCCGAGAAAACUGCCGUUGAGCAGCACACCAAGGAACAAACCAAGCUACUUCAGACAUGCGAUGGCCUUGGACGAGCACAGAGCAAAGUUCAAAGUUUGUCGUUACCAACAGAAAGAUCAUACAGAUCCCGAUUCGAAAUGGGUCACAAAGGCUGCCACCGAGGGACAGUCGCAGUCGCAACGGCAGAGACUGGCGUCCAGUAGCACUGAAGACACAUAUACUGGUUACCAGCCCAGGUCGAUGAGGAAAAACUCAUAUGCUUCCAAAGCUGUGCGAGAGGUCGAUUGCCUCGAAGUCUGGUUUUCGGGUUGUCAUGCCGAUGUAGGUGGGGGCGCAGUUUUGAAUGAAGAGCGCCACAAGGCAUCGCAAAUACCUCUUCGCUGGAUGAUUCGACAAUGCUUCGAGUGCAACACGGGCAUCAUGUUUGACACACAUCGACUAGCUGAAGAAGGUCUCGACGUCCACAUGCUCUAUCCUGUGUAUCAAAGACUCGAGAGACCUACAGUCGGUCCCUCUCCAAACACAAUGGAGAAGUACCAUCAAGGCGAACUUGCACCAAUUUCACGCCGCUCCACUCUUCUAGAAGCUCAAGACAGCAACCACGAAGACGGCCUCUACAAUCUGAACCUCUACGAAGAUAUAGAAAAGCGCAAGAGAUCCGAACACUGGAUGCCAGAACAAAUCGAAGACUACUUUGAUGCUAUCGCACCGAUCAAUGAUCAACUCGUGCAAGCAAAGUUCUGGUGGAUCUUGGAGUUGUGGCCGAUUAAGGUUCGCUUCCAGUCGAAGGACGAGGACACUUGGAUCAAGAAAGUGAGAAUGAAUUUGGGAAGAUACAGAGCUGUGCAGGAGCCAGAACCUAAUUUGCAUUGGACGGUGCAGCAAAGGAUGCUGGAUACUGGCUACAAGCCGCAAGUGAGAACGGGUAGAGGAGCAGCUUGGAGGUUUGUUGUCUAG